AUGGGGGAAAUCACUGACGUUAAAGUUGUUUUGCUUGGCAACUCUGGCGUUGGAAAGUCAUCACUAUGCAGUAAGUGGGUUGAUGAUAAAUUCGAUCCUCAAAAUGCUACGACAAUUGGUUCUCACUUAAAACCAAAGAAAAUCAAGCUAAUGCAGCGCGAAGUCACCGUCACUGUUUGGGAUACAGCUGGACAAGAGCAAUAUAAAAGCCUAGUUCCUCUUUAUACUCGCUCAGCAAGCUGUGCAAUCAUUGUUGGUGAUGUUAAUGAUGAAUCCUCAUUUGAAGAUACAUAUGUAUGGCAGUCACUCGUAAUAGAGUCGAACAAUGAAUGCCCGCCGUUAAUUUUGGCUUUAAAUAAAGUUGAUCUCCUCACAGAUGAAUUAAAAGCUAAAAUGGAGGGAAUAGUAUCAAAAUACAGCCAAGACUAUGACGGUUUAUGCCUCUGCUCAGCAAAAACUGGCGAAGGCGUCGACCAUGUCUUUGAAAUUGCUGCUACUAAAGCAGUUGAGUUCGCAGACAAGAUGAAACAGCAACAGGAUGCAACAAACAGCUCCACAGGCGACAACUCACUCACUAAUUCUAACAAAGGGAAAAAAUCUUGUUGCUGA